GAUGAGAGGCGAACUGGAGAGAUAUCUGGCUGCCUCUGGGUCGCUGAAGCUCUGGGGCCACAUCUGCUACCUGUCCGUUCUGGUGACACUGAACGAGGUUCUGUACAGGAUUGUCUGUGAUGAGAUCACGGAUGAGGAUGUGGCCCGUGUGAACGGGAAUGUGGCGUUUGUCUGGGACUCGCAGCUCGGCUAA